GAUUAGAUCAAACUGAUUGAUUGGUGAGUCUGCAUCACUAGAUCUGACUCCAAACAUCUGGAAACACACACAGCUCCACUGAUCUCAGCUUCAUCUUCAUCCACCCUCAAGAGUUUAUCAGUGAUAUUUGACUGUGUUUCACUGGAUCAGUCAAGGAUGGAGACGGAGGACUUCAUGCAUGUGUGUUUUCACAGAUAUGCCAAACUGCAGCCGGGGUCAGAGGUGCGCAGAAUGACCCCUGAUGAGCGGACGGAGCUCAGGAACACUGUCUCCUCGAUCCUCGGCGCCUGGUUGGAUCAGUACUCUGAGGACUUCUGGAAGCCUCCGGACUACAGUUGUCUGAGACGCCUGAUCCACUAUCUGCAGCUCAGCUUCCCGGGAUCGGAUCUGGAGCGUCGCGCCUGUAACCUGCUGAGCCAGUUCCACCGCAGACUCCAGCAGGAAUCAGACCGAGACGUGCUGGAUCAGUGCUGUGCCUUCGCUCUGCUGCAGGAAAACGGAUUCCACGAGGAACGACCCGACUUCCUGAACUUUGACCCCACUGUGGUGGCAGAGCAGUUCACACUGAUGGACGCAGAGCUGUUCAAGCGGGUCGUGCCGUAUCACUGUCUGGGAAGCAUCUGGUCUCAGAGAGAUAAGAAAGGGAAGGAACAUCUGGCGCCGACCAUCAGAGCCACGGUCAGCCAGUUCAACCGCGUCACCAACUGUGUGAUCUCCACCUGCCUGAGUGACCGGACGCUCAAGCCUGCCCACAGAGCCCGGAUCCUGGAGCACUGGAUUCAAGUAGCCAGGGAGUGUCGGAUCUUGAAGAACUUCUCGUCUCUGCGUGCGAUUCUGUCGGCGCUGCAGUGUAACCCGGUUCACCGGCUCAAGAAAACAUGGGACGAAGUGUCACGAGAAAACAUUCGCAUCUUCCAGGAGCUGUCAGAGAUAUUCUCUGAUGAGAACAACCACUCGCUGAGCCGAGAACUGCUGAUAAAGGAGGGAACAUCCAAAUUUGCCACUCUGGAGAUCAAUCCUAAGCGAGCGCAGAAACGACAGCAGCCUCAGAGAGAUCUGACUGUGAUGCAAGGGACGAUUCCUUACCUGGGAACUUUCCUGACGGAUCUGGUCAUGAUGGACACAGCCAUGAAGGACUAUCUGGACGGAGGCCUGAUCAACUUUGAGAAGAGAAGGAAGGAGUUCGAGGUCAUCGCUCAGAUUAAGUUGUUACAGCUGGCGUGUAACAAUUAUAAUUUCCAGCGAGUGGCAGGGUUCAGUGCGUGGCUCUCUGGUGUGGAGAAGCUCUCGGAGGCUGAGAGCUACAGUCAGUCGUGUGAGAUCGAGCCGCUCUCUGAAUCUGCCUCCAACACGCUGAGAGCCAAGAAGAGCUCAGGAAUCAUGAAGAGAUGGAGCGAUCGGCAGCCCGUGGGUUCAGGAGAAGCCGGAUGCAGCGGCUCUGGAAGCUCUCACUCCAAGUCCUUCGAUCAGCUGCGCUUCCCUCCGGGUCUGAGCGGCUCGACGGGUGACGGAGGCGACUCUCUCAGCGUGACGUCUGCAGGGUCCAGCAGCUCUGAUGUAGAGGAGGUCAACAUCAGCUUCAUCUCUGAUUCACCCGACGCUCUGGAGAGGAAGACCUCCACGCCCUUCGUAAAACAUUCCAAUUCUACCUUAGGGAAGUGCGGCCCUACAGCAGACCUGAUACCCACGUUCUGGGAGUCCACGUCUCUGUCGUCUCUGGACGCAUCGGGUCUCGGCUCAGGUUCUGGCUCCAGCAGUGCCUCCUCGUCUUCGGUGUCGUCCACACCGGUCACAGGGUCUCGCUCACACAAGCGCUCCGUCUCCGGCGUGUCCAGCUACUCGUCUCUCUCUCUGCCACUUUACAACCAGCAGGUGGACGACUGCUGCAUCAUCAGAGUCAGUCUGGACGUGGACAACGGAAACAUGUACAAGAGCAUACUGGUCACGAGUCAGGAUAAGACCCCAGCAGUCGCGAGGAAAGCCAUGGUCAAACACAACCUGGACAGCGAGCGAGCCGAGGAGUAUGAGCUGGUUCAGAAGAUCAGUGAGGAAAAGGAGCUGAAGAUCCCCGACAACGCCAAUGUUUUUUACGCCAUGAACUCCACGGCCAACUAUGACUUUGUCUUGAAGAAGAGAGGUUUCCCGAGAGCAGGCCGAACCAAACCUGUGUCCAGCUCCACGCUGCCCCGAAUGAGGCAGAAAGGUCUGAAGAUCGCCAAGGGACUCUUCUGAACCCAAACUCAGUGUCAUUCCCUGACCCCUAAACCUGCUCUGGUCUGUGACGUCUUCAGCUGUGUGCUGUGAACUACACCACCAGGAUGACACUGACCCCCGCUCUGGUCACAUGACCGGUCACAUGACCGGAAGAGGCCGCACAUAUCACCCCUCUCUGUUAACGCUUGCUGCACACUGUUGCGUGAAAUGCAUUUGUGUGUGUGUGUGUGUGUGUCUGUGUGUGUGUGUGUGUGUCUGUGUGUGUCUGUGUGUGUCUGUGUGUGUGUGUGUGUGUGUGUGUGUCUGUGUGUGUGUGUGUGUGUCUGUGUGU